GAGGAGCUCUACAGUCCCAAAUCGCUGCGAAUUUGCCGUUAAACUUCGACCAAAACAGCGAAACCCAGUCAUGUUUAAAGACGGACUCAAUAGGCUACAGUGGGAGCAAUAAAUCUGAGUUAACGUCAGGAGAGCAGUUCUGGAAAGUUACUGCAGUUUUCUAAAGUCCCCUGUAACUUUCAAGGUUCGAAAGAAGAAUAAUUCAGUGGCCUUUAAGAAAAGUCAUGUCUGUCAUUUUCAGUGUGAAGCUUGGAAGAUGAUUGGGAACUCAUAUUUACGCGCUUUCACAAAGUAUAUAUUCAUUUUAUAUCGUCUUGUAUAGUUUUCUCCAAAACGCUAUCCGCCUCAUCUUUGGAGUAUUCAAAACGGAACGAAAGGGAUAACUGCCCCUUGGCGGCUGCACCUCUUAUCUGCGUUGAUUUGAAGACCGCGCUAGUUACUUUGUGUAAGCGAGGUUGCGGGUUGAUUACCAUAGAGGAGGAGCCCUGCUGUUCUACCCCUUCACCCCACUCGCCAUCAGGUGUUUGUCGGGAAAAGGUCCUCUACGGAAACGACAGAACGCUGUGACAGUCUGACGUGCCGACGGAGACAGGGCUCUACUUGUAUCGGGCGGAGAAGCCUCCACAGCGGACUUUUGCCUGAACAGACAGAGGGAGAAAGAAACGAGAGACAUAACUGAGAAGACGCCGGACGCCUGCAAACCUGUCCAGUCACGUCCACCACUUUAUUUCGGCUUUGAUCGAGACUUCUCUGCCUGGAGUUGGAUUUUAAAUGGUCUGGUCUUUCCGACUUGUCGGUGACAAGAUGAUGGAUGCGUGAGGUGGAAAUCAAUACCUCCCAUCGCCUAGUGACCUGCCAGCGCGUGCACAGAAAGCUCUUUGGACAAACGUACACCGACAGCUCUCUGCAACUCACGCGGUGAAGCAGAGAAAACCGCAACUGCUUUCUCACCUGAUGCCCCUGCGCUCACGCGUGCAAGUGUGAAUGUGUGCGUGAACGAAAAUCCAUUUCAGAAGUGUGUAUGCGCACGCGUUUGUGUAUAUAAAGGCUGUACAUAUUGGCUAUCGCAGGGAGAUGUUUAACUUUGUGUGACUGCCGCAGAGUGUGUGUUUGAGGUCUGCCCAGUCAAUGUGUCGCACUUACGUCGCCCCUACAAGUGACUUUUAUUUCUUGUCCUUGCUACAAAGACACUUGAGACCUUCAAGUCGAAGUGCACGCUAAGAAGUGUAAUUUUUCUGCUGUAUUAUAGGUGAAGAAAUACCAUUCCAAGGAGGCAGAGAAACCCGGGAAUAUUUCGAGAUUCAAGUGACCAUCACCUCAUUGUCUGGGUGGAAAUAAAACACAUUGGGGACACUCCUUUACAGUGAAGCAAAGUCGGAUACAGCGUAAUAAGUUACUGCAAUUAUGGUCAUAUUUAUACAGGCCGCUGCUUUGAGUUUGUUGGUGGCUUUUUUCGGCGCGGUGGAGUCGCAGCCAUGCCCGGCUCCGUGCUCUUGCACGGGGACCACGGUGGACUGCCAUGGGCAGGGGCUGCGCAGCGUGCCGCGGAACAUCCCCCGCAACACAGAACGACUGGAUUUGAAUGCAAACAACCUGACAAAAAUCACUAAAGCAGAUUUUGCUGGAUUGAGGCAUCUCAGAGUUUUGCAACUGAUGGAAAACAAAAUCAACGCUAUCGAGAGAGGAGCGUUUCAAGACCUCAAAGAGCUGGAGCGACUACGUCUGAACCGGAAUAACCUCGGAGUUUUCCCUGAGUUGCUGUUUCUGGGGACUGUGAAGCUCUACAGACUGUGA